AUGUGGGCAGCAACAUUAAUAUUGUUGGCACUCUCGCUGGACGUCGUCAACAUGGACGUGCAAUUAUCGGAGCGCGCGAGGGUUCCCAACAGACAUCAGCCUCGCACAUCUGCUUGUAACACAAGUGUCACUUACGACAAGGUUUUAUUAAAAGAAGUGACCUUACGCUCAACCUAUGUAUUCACUGGCAAAGUUUUCGGAGUAAAUUUUGCGAAUAAAACACGCAUAUAUAGAGUGAUUAUACGUAGAGUGUUGAAAGGCGACUUGAGUGAUAUAGGUGUAAAUGUAACUUUUGGUAGGGCGAAAUCAUUAAGAUUUAGUGAUGCCACAAUUUUAGUGCAAAGUGUCAAACCUUUCAAAUGUCCUCCCUUGCGUUUGCGAACUUACGCUAUAUUCUUGACUGAAAGGAAACAUACAGCACUCUCGUUGUAUUUAGUGAUGGAACCUGUUUUGUUAACGCUACGAAACAUUGAUAUAAUCGAAGCAGCGAUAAAAGGUAAGCUUUUAGAAAUAUCUCUACAACUUGAUAAUGAUAAUACUAGACUUUAUGACCUAGAAACUAUGAAAUUCCUUAAGUAUGAGGAA